AUGGAUAGGAAAGCGUUCCUUGACCAGGAAGCACCCGCCGGCUACGUGGCGGGGGUGGGACGGGGUGCCACUGGGUUUGUCACCAGUGCCGAUGCGGGCGGACUCAGGUCUGUACGUCCAUUUGAGCCCUCAGACAGUGAGGAUGACAAUGGUGACAACAACAGUUUGGGGCUCUUAGGCGGCCAGAGCAAGGAUGACGAAGAGGCCGACCGUGUGUACGAUGAGGUCGAGCGACGGCUCCAGAAGCGCCACAAAAAUACCCUGCAAUUGGAGGUGGUGCAACAAGAUGAAGAGAACCAAAUAGCGCAGCAGUUCACCGACUUGAAAAGACAUUUAGCACACGUAUCGCAGGACGAGUGGGCAAACUUGCCCGAGGCCCUGGACUUCACCAAGAGGAACAAGAGAAUGCGGUUGUUGGAGCAGCUGAGACAGCGGUUCUAUGCUACACCCGAUAAUAUCAUUUCUGCUCAGCGGGCUGGCGAUGGGAACCGGUUUACUCGUUUGGAGACUGAAGCACAAGACGACUUGGAAAAUGGAAUUGAGACUGAUCUCAUGAUGGCAGACAUCCAGAAGAACCGAACGAUCUUAUCAUCUUUGCGGAAGUCGGAGCCAAACCGUUCCAGUUCAUGGAUAGCUUCUGCUAGACUCGAAGUUCAAGCUAAGAACUUUUCGGCUGCCAAAAGAUUUAUUGCAGAAGGUUGCAAACGAGCUCCUCAUAGCGAAGACGUAUGGCUUGAGAGCAUUAAGAUCCACCAGAAUUCCACUGAUGGUAUCAAGGUUUCAAAGGUGAUUGUGACUGAAGCAUUGAAGUACAACAGCGGUUCUGAGAAGUUGUGGUUGAAAGCCUGCGAAUGUGAGAACUCAGCUGAUUUGGUGUCACAGCGUCGUGUGCUCAUGAAGGGUAUAGAGUUCAUCCCUGGUAGUGUCAAGCUCUGGGAAAAGAUGAUAGAAUUACAGGAGGACGAGGCCGAUGUGAAAAAAAUGCUUUCAAAGGUAGUGGAGCUUUGCCCAAGCGAGUGGAAUUUCUGGUUAUCCUUUAUAAAUUUAUCACCCUACGAAGAAGCCAAGAACCUCAUCAACAGAGCAAGAAAGGCCAUGAAAAAUAACCAUCAGGUGUGGAUUACGGCCGCAAAGUUGGAGGAACGUGAAAGUAUGUCGAUUUCGGAUGUUAAGAUCAUGAAAAUGCUAGAGAAAGGUAUCAAGACCCUGAACGAACAUACCGAAGAACAUCAGAAGUUGACGAGAAGCCAGUGGCUCGAUGAGGCUGCAAGGGCAGAGAAAGAAGGCUUUUUGUUGACGUGCAAAGCCAUAGUUUUCAGCACCAUCAGCUUUGGCAUAUCUGCAGAUGAACCAGAUAAGUUGAACAUUUACUUCACGGAAGCUCGCAAGUACAGCACGGACGGAUUUCAUGAGACAGGGAACUAUAUUUAUGAGUAUAUUACAACCCAGUAUCCAAACGAUAUAGAGUGUUGGAUAAGGUUUUUUGAAGCAUACAAAUCGGUUGAGAGCUUUAAGGUGGAAGGAAUCUACAAGUUCUAUGAAAGAGCCAUUCUGUUCAAUAACGAAGAAGAAGUAUUCCCCUUGAUGUAUGCAAAAGACAAAUGGAAGCUUGGUGAUGACAUCACAGGUGCUCGAGACAUCUUAGAUGAGGCUCUCAAGCGUUUGGAUACUAAAGAAGAUAUCUGGCACGCUAAAAUCAAGUUUGAAAUCAAAACUGGCAAUUUGGAAACUGCCAACAAAAUUUCCAAGACAAUGAUUCAAACUAUCCCCAAGGCUUCAGCCAGAGUAUGGUAUAAGCAUAUUCAUCUCCAAAGAUACAUCAACAAGGUCAUGGAAAUUACCGAUUAUCAAACUUAUAUAUUGAAGCUUGUUGAUGAGGCCCUCGAGUGGUUUCCUGAAGAGGAAAAACUUCAUUUACAAAACGGCCAAAUUCUUCUUGAGGAUUUGAAUUUGGUGGAACAGGCAAAAGAAGCGUUUCUUGUGGCUACCAACAAACAUCCCGAGUAUGUCGAUGUCUGGAUUCUGUUGGCGAAGGUCUAUGAGGAGAAGUUGAAUGUUAUUAUCAGGGCAAGAUCAAUAUUAGACUCUGCGAUCACACAGAACCCUAAUGAUGAUAGACUUUGGCUCGAAAAGAUCGGCUUGGAAAGACGCAACAAAGACUUGAUAGCUGCUCGUCAGCUAUGUAACAAAGCAUUAAGAAGCUUCAACUCUUCUCCCCGUGUUUGGAUUGAGUACUUGACAUUAAUCCCCAAAAUGUCCCAAAGGAAAAAUGCAUUUCUUGACGCUUUAAAGUCCACUGAUAACUCUCCAAUAAUCUUAUUAAAUAUCGGUAUUUUCUUUUGGGUGGAUGGUAAGCUAAAGAAAGCGAAGUCCUGGUUCGACAGAGCCUUGGACAGCGAUCCACAAAAUGGUGAUAUCUGGGGCUGGUUAUACAAUUUUCACAAACAAAAUGGAUCUCCAGACGAAGUGCAACAGUUUCAAAAGCAGUUCGCCAAAGGUGGUGAAUCCAUUAAUAGAGGCUAUGUGUGGAACAAAGUUGCAAAAGCAGUUGAAAGCUUCAAUAAGGAACCAAUAGAGAUCUUAGAGCUUGUAUCUCUGCAACUCAAGGGUGAUACGAAAAUAUAAUGUGCAUUAGUUAUUUACUGUUUCUUUGUAGAACGAAGUUUCAGGCAUUAAGAACAUAUUUUUGAUAGAGUUUUAUGUUCAAAGCACUUAAUAUACAUGCGACUUGGUCCUUAUCAUUGGCCCACUCUUCAAGUAAUUCCCGACAAAAAUUCUUGAAUUCUUGAUUCCCGUAUGCCUUCAAGCUUUUCUUGGAUAAAUCGAGAAUAAUAUAUGAGUUAUUGAGGUCUGGAGUAUUGGUGUACUUGCUUGUCAAUUUGAUUUUACUCCCCACAUCAUUUGAGUUGACUGAGGAUUCGAGGAACUCGAUCGUGAAUCCAAAAAAUUUGGAAAUGUUGGUUAAGAUAUCUCUAGCCUUCUUGGUGAAGCUU